GCCCUCUCCCGUGGGUAGCCCCGCCCAUUCCCCCGCGGACCAAGCUGGACUACGGAGACGGCAAUGGGGAAACUCCGGGACAAAGUGUCGGAAAAAGCGUGUACGAGUCCGCCGCCGGUUGCAAGCGGGGUGCAGGAGGAGCAGCGGGCGCCGGACAGUGAGCCGGUGUCCCGGGCCUUGACACCGAGCAGCAGCCUGGAGUUGGCGGAAGCCCGGAGGAGGCUACUAGAGAUGGAGCAUCGGCAACGCCGUGUCCGGGAGCUGGAGAUCAGCUUGCAGCAGCUGCGCGAUAUCUUGGUCCGGGCCGAGCAGGAGGCCGUGGAACACGGGGAGCUGGUCAACCGAAUCCGCAGCGGUGCCCAGCAGGGAGAAAUUGGACUCAGCGCCCGGAGCCAGAGCAUCAAAACCCGCCUCAAAUUCCGAGCCCACCGGGCGCCGCUGAUGGUGGCCGCCGCCUUUGGGCUCCGCGGCUGCUUCCCCUGGACCAGAAAAUGAGGAGCUGCAGGGAUAGGGUGCAGGAGACGGGCCAAUCGGCCAGGAGCCGCAGGUCUGUCGUGUAAUUUCCCGAGUCCUCGAAUCUUCUUUCACUCAGAAUGUAUAUGAAAUUAAAAUAAAUAUUUAUUUAACUCAG